AUGGACAUGCAUGAUGAUGAGAUGCUGGCGCUCGACGACGUGGCGUGGGACCUGGCCCUAGACCUGCCGCCUGCGCGGCCCAAGCGCCCGCGCAAGACGUACGCGGAAGAGAUCACCGAGCUGCGGGCCAAGGCUGCCCAGUACUCGGAGCAGCUGGCCGCACUGACGCAGCGCCAAGAGGUCGACAUCAUCUCGUGGCCGAGAAGGACAAUGCGCGCCUGA